GCAGACACCUGUCCCACCAUGCUCAUUUCUGCGCACUCUAUUUGGAGGGGCGCAGGGGCAAGACAGAGUGGGUGGCCUUGCCUGUCACUUACCAAAUACUGGCUACAUGCUUUAAACAAAACCAGAACCUAUUUAGGACUUUAGCAGGAAGGGGCAAAACCGAACCGUGAGUGGGCGUGGUAGGAAGUGGGGGAGUUGUUAUAGUGCAGGAGUUCCAUAGCAUCCACUGGUGGGAUGAACUUGGUUCUUAAGUCUGCAGUUCCCAGAAUCCAGGUAACGAAAGAGAAGCAAAGGUCACACUAGCUCUUGUGCUUCCAAGGAGAAGGGUUAAAGUUGCCACUAUUUAUGACUAGUGGCUCCAAUGAAGUCUGGGCUGCAGCCUUCCUGUGGGUCUUUCCUCGUCCUCCUCUUUCUUAGCUGCAUCAGUGAAGAGCCUUUGGAGGCAAAACAAAAUGAAGUGGAAGCUCCUUGGGCAACGUUAUCUAGUUGCAGGAUGUGCUGGUAUUGGUAGCAGUUUAGAAAAACUGCUUUUCGUGCCCUUCCAGUCUUAUGUCCAUUCAGAAGGAUUCUUUUCAUUUAACAAAAUUUAGCAAGAGAAGUGAAAAACAGAUGAUUUUUUAAAACCCUGGAAUAGCUGUCUACCUUUAGUAGGUACAGUUUUAUUAGGGUAAGUCAUUCAAGUUUACUCACAGCCAUAAAAUGACAUUUAUUAUUUGUGUAAUCUCUGAAUCAUGGUUUGUACCCAGCUUUGUUUUGUUUUUUAAUUUUCGAAGAGUCUAAUCAUUGAUUGCUGUGUACAAAUGCACUUUUUGCAUGUGAUGAGGUCACUCAGUCAUAAAAUUGUCAUCAAAAGAUUUUAGUCCCUAAACAUGGCAAUAUAGGGAUGCUUCUCAUUGAAUAUUCAUCUUACCUAUAGAGAUGCUAUUAUUUAGCAAGGACUUAGUUACUUUUUCCUUAACACUUUGUGAAAUGCACCACAGGUGGAGAAAGAAGAAAGAGCACACAAUUCAUCUCUCAGAGCUUACGGUUUAGAGAAAAUAUACAGAGGAGGCCGGGCGGGGUGGCUCAUGCCUGUAAUCCCAGCACUUUGGGAGGCCAAGGGAGGCGGAUCACCUGAGGUCAGGAGUUCGAGAGCAGCCUGACAGACAUGGAGAAACCCUGUCUCUACUAAAAAUACAAAAUUAGCCAAGCGUGAUGGCGCGUGCCUAUAAUCGCAAUUACGCGGGAGGCCGAAACAGGAGAAUUGCUGGAACCCGGGAGGUGGAGGUUGCGGUGAGCCGAGAUCACGCCAUUGCACUCCAGCCUGGGCAACAAGAGUGAAACUCCAUCUCAAAAAAAAAAAAAAAAUAUGCACAGGAAACAUAAAUGCUUCUCAGGAGGGGAGGAAGUGAGAGGGGAGUAAGGCAAAGAAGAGAAAAUAGAAAACAUUCAUUUGUUGGUUUAUUCAUUUGUUUAUAAAUUCAUGAAAUCUUUGUUGACGAGCGGUAUGUACAGGGUUAUGUACAACGGCGUUUGAUGAGCUAGUUCAGUAUGUAAUGGAAUGAUGAAGUGACUAGCACAGAGAGUGAAUGCUGUAGGAAGUCAGGGAAGUGGGAACACCCCAAAUUUAGUGCCAUGGUUGGGAAGAUGGCUAGGUUGGUGACCUCUUCUCCUCGUGUGUAUGUGCGUUCCUGUUAAAAAGGAUAAUUUUGCCUAACAGAGGAAUACUUUUUGUUUAGACUUGGCUCCUUUUCAUGACAUUCAGUUUCACUGUACUAUAAACAGGUCUUUAGCUGUCUUUCCCCCACUCGCCACUUAGUUCAUAAGGAACAAGUAAAUAAAAAUUAACAAGAGCUACCUUCACUCCAGUACAGCGAGGCUGCCUUAGGAGAGAGUGCACUAAAAAGAGGCCUCAGGGUUCAGGGAUUGACACCUUGCUGCAGAAUGGGAGUGACACGUGAAAGGUCAGUGGUAGCCUUGACUAUGCCGUUUUUGUUAGAGUUCUAUUUCCUCUUCUAGACAUCUAAGAAGGAUUAGCAUACAAGGCCUUGAUGUUUUAGAAGUUUGCCCCUGCUUGGAUGUGAGCUCUCUUCAAGCUUUGUUCUACUUAAUUGUAUAAUAAGAUAACUAUGUCUGAUGUGAUAUUAUUUAAACACUUGAUGACUGAAAUAUCUAACCCAUGAGCCCAUGCUCCAUAACUUUAUGUGUUCCCAAUCCCUGUGUGAAUGUUAGAUUAGCCCUUCAAAAAAUCCAGAGACAUAUUAGAGAUCCAGUGACUCAAACCUCUCUGGCUUAGAAGCUUAGCAAUCACAGUUGAGAGCGUGCCAGGAUAGGAGUAAAGAACACCAAACUCUGCUAACUUGGAGGAAAACUAUGUAUGUGUGUUUGACCCAGCUGAGGUCAAGGCUGGAUGAGAUCAUGUUAAUCAUGGCCAUGACAUGGAUAAAGAAGAACAGAGACCAUGCUCAAAACAGGAAGAAGGAGAAGAGGAAGGGAUAAGUAACUUUUUGAGAUAGGAAAUACAGGUGAAAUUGAGAAAAAGGAGAAAAACUAUUCAUCUCAAAGGAAGGGAGCUGGAGCAUGAAUUAUAAUCACCCCAGCCACACCAAAUCCUUCACAUUCUCUGGUAUUCUGACUCAUGUUGUCUGCCAUAUGAAUGUUGGCAUGUGCCAUUCCAGUAGCUCAGAUGCCCUUCCCGGUCCUGACUGCGCAUCUCCCUACGGCAGAGCAUUAUCCUUUCAUCUUCAGCAUAAGUCUUGUCUUAUUCUAGAAGUUCCCUUUUCCCCCUGAGGCCAAGGUAGGAGCCCUUCUUUUCUGAUGUCUGCGUAUUUACGUAUUUGUUAAUUCAGCAAAUGAUCAAAUGAUGGUAAGAAAAGAAAAGAGAUUUCCAUUUCUUCCUUCGAGUUAGUUGGGUAUUGGGAACUUGAAAAAUAAUCUUAAAGUCAGCCUGUUAAACCAUGAUGCUAUUUGGGUGCAAGCUGAGCCCUCUCUGGAGCCAGGGUGGCUUGGGACUACAUUGAAAGCCAGCCUUUCUGGAGACAGGCUCCACCGUGAGUAACAAAACAUCGAAAAAAUAUAGGCCGAAGAUUCCAUAAAUUAGGUCUCAUGUUGGUCAACCUACAGUUCAUUGUUCUUGACACUUGGGGCAGAGACCCCUCCUUAGAAUAUCUCAGCAGGGCCUGGCACAAUGGCUCACUCCUGUAAUCCCAGCACUUUGGGAGGCUAAGGCAGGAAGAUCACUUGAGCCCAGGAGUUCGAGACCAGCCUAGGCAACAUACAGAGUCCCCAUCCCUACAAAAAAGAAAAAUAAAAAAUUAGCCAGGCCUGGUGGUUCAUACCUGUGGUCCCAGCUACUGGGGAGGCUAAGGCAGGAGGAUCCUUUGAGCCCAGGAGGUUGAGGCUGCAGUGAGUCAUAAUUGUGCACUCCAGUCUGGGUGACAGAGUUAGACCCUAUUUGUUUAAAAAAAAAAAAAAAAACCCAGUGGGUCCUUGAGAGCUCAGUGUUUAGCAAAUCACCAUACUCCUUCACCAAAUGCAAGUGAUGAACUGGCUGGGGUAUGUAGCACACCACAACCUAGAGAUUUGAGUGGGACUGCUAUUUUGCCUCUUGUAGAUGAUUCUUGGUCUAGUGACCCUGGUUAAAAAACAAAACAACCAAAUGUCUUCUUCCAUUGUUUGGCUGAAGGAUCUGCCACUGCUGAGUUAAAUUUUGGAGUGAGGAUCAACAGUACCUACAGCACAAAAAAAUAAGAAGUCUAAGAAACUAAAAUAAGUUUUGGAUUCUGUAAUUUCAUUAUAGCAAAAGGAAGAAAUUGAAGGAAAAGUGGUAUGUAGUAAUAGUAAUAAUGAUACGUUAGGAAGCAUUUUAAGUGCUUACUGUGUGCCAGCCACUGAUCUGUUUUAUCUCAUUUAAACCUUGUGUGGGUGAAGUACUAAGAUUAGUUCUUUUUUAUAGAUGAGGAAACUGAAGUCUGUAGAAACUAGCAAUUUACUAAAUGUACAGCCAGAGAAUAGUACCACCAGGAUCAGAACCGAUGGCAGUGUCUCUCCAGAGUCACCAUGCUGAAUUCUCUCCUUGCCUUUUAUGAUUAGAGACCAAAUAAGCUCCACCACCCUGAUGUUUCAUGUUUACAUCUGAGACACUGUGUAUUACCAGGAGAACUCAGGCACUGAGGCUGCUGGCCUCUGCCUGGUGCUCAGUCAUGUGUCGGAAGGAGAUGAGAGAAGAUCAUCGGUGUCUGUCUGUCUGUCUCUCUUUCCAGCAGUGGAGAUGGGAGUAUAAGAAACUGCUUAAUCAAGGAGAAGUAACUCAAAAAGAAUGCAUGAGCCCCUGGUCUCUCUCCCUCGAUGUUCCCACUCCCACAUCCAGCCAGCCCAGUUGUGGGUUGUCACUGUGGAUUCCUGUAAGAAUCAAAGAGGACAUCAGAAUUUUAACUUUGUGUUAUUUUAGCUUCCAUUCAUGCUGACUAAUCGGUGACACUUGGUCACAUUUAUUUUCCAUGGGAGUAAGACUGAACCAGCCUCUUUUUUCUUCCAGGCCUAGUUUUACCCCCAAGCCUAGUCUCCAGAUUGGCAUAUGGGAUUAGAAGCCUUGUUUUGGAGUCAUUCAAGUCUCAACACCCCACUGACCGGCUUCAAGAUACUGAUUAAAUAAUUUAAGCUGGCCAUGUGCAGUGACUCAACGCCUGUAAUCCCAGUACUUUGGAAGGCCUAUGUGGGUGAAUCACCUGAGAUUAGGAGUUUGAGACCAGCCUGGCCGAUAGGAUGAAACCCUGUCUCUACUGAAAAUACAAAAAUUAGCCGGGCGUGGAGGCAGGCACCUGUAGUCCCAGCUACUGGGGAGGCUGAGGCAGAAGAAUCGCUUGAACCCGGAGGCAGAAGUUGCAGUGAGCCAAGAUCGCACCACUGCACUCCAGCCUGCAUGAGAGAGCAAGAUGCCAUUUCAAAAUAAUAAUAAUGUAAGCUCUUAGAGCCUCAGUUUAUCUGUCUGUUAAGUGGGCACAAUAAUACCUACUUCAUCGGGUUGUUUGGAGGAUUAAGCACUUCUAUAGGAAAUGCGAAAUGCAUCACACAUUCCCAUAAGUACUGCUGUAUUUCUCAGCCAUCUUGUUACCAGGCACCAAGCCUUCCCUCAUUUUCCCUUUCUUUGUCAAAUCCUGUGCCAGGGUCACAGUACGUGCUUCCCAGUUUGUGAUUGGUGGCUUCUUUAGAGGAUUUCCUGCACCUCCCUGUUCAUGAGUGGCUCUGGUCCUUGUUAUCUUAGCAUUGUCUCAAAGUUGCCCAAGCUCUGUAACCAGCAAACGAAGAGGGUCCCUAAUGCAAGAGACUGAGCCCUGGAGGACACAGUCACAUCCCAGCUCUUCCAUUCACCAGCCAAAGGACCUCAGAGGAGUCCCCCAACUGUGAACAACAUUGGAGGGUUUGCUAGACACUGUGUGCUUGCGAUACAUUGGAUCAAAUAUUCACACCAAUGCUCUCAAAUCAGGAGACAUUAAUUUAGAAGUUGACACCCCCUCAGAAAAUAAUAACAGAAACAUCUAUCUACUCUGAGGCAGAUAAUCAUUCCCACUUUACAAAUGAGGAAAUGCAGAUAAUAUAAACUUUUGUGACUCACCUACAUUGCUGAUGAGUAACAAAUACUGGAUUCAAACUCACAUCUCUUCUGCUUCAAACUCCAGGUAGCCUUCUCUAUGUGCAGUGGAGGUUAUAGGAUUCUUGUUUCAUAGGUUGUCGUAAGAAUGUUGACAGGGCUUUGCAGACUUCAGAGAUAAGGGGGAUUGCUGUUGCUGCUGUUAAAAUAUAAGCCCCAAGGCAGGAAGAGGUCAGGAUUCACAUGAGGUAUAGAGAAGGGUGUAAGCAGAGAACAAAGUUAGAGGGAAGAAUAAGUUAGUAGCCCAGUGGGAUGGGUGAAUGGAUGAAAAAGGGUGUCAGAGAACAGUUAACCACAGCGCGCCCUGAUUUCAAAGGUCUGGCCUGUUGGGUUGUGACAUUACAUAGAUGUGUUCUGACCCAUCUCAAAAAUUGGACAUCGCUGAAUUUAAUUAAGAUCAAUUAGACAUUCCUCCUAUUGUUCAAACACACAAUGCCUUAUUUGUUUGAAAAGAGGGAAGUUCUGUAUGACCUGAAAGCUUCCUGCUUCAUCUACUGCUUUUCCUCAUGAAGGAUGAAAUGCCAUUUGAAAUAAUAAAAAAUAAAUAAUUGGCCUGCAGGCUAGACUACAUUUCUGUACGCAUUUUCUCGAGACUUCAUUAAACUGUUAAUACAAAAGGGGUCUGAUGUCUCUGUGAGAUUACUCUUUCUUCCAAAUGUCCCUUGCAAUCCAAUCUAAACCUUAGCUGUGGCUUCAAUCUGAGAUGGAAAAGGCACCCCCUAUCAGUAGCAGCCACCUGAUGCUUAAAACUCAUUUCUCCUUUCCAAUAUGCAACCAACAGAAGCAAGCAAGUGGUUUGGGAGGCUGGGUUGGAUAUUCAGAAAUCUUUUUUGGUGAAAGCAGGCAUCGUUGAAAUAAAAGAACCAAAGUGGUUAAGGAAGAGGAUGAAAAAGUCACAAGCACAAAAAAACAUAAAUAUGUUUAGAAGUCAAGUUGUUUUAGAGUCUUCAUCUGACCCCCCUCAACUAAAUCCACCAAGUCUUAAAGCAUGUAUGUGACUUACUGUAUGUACUACAAGUUGUUGAUGUUUCAUAGGGCUUAUGACCUAGAGAAUGUCCCAGUAAAGGUUUUGGGUUGUUUCCCAAAAAACAUUUUUUUGGUUGUUGUUCCCUAACUCAUUGUAGACAUGACAGUGUUCGAGAUUAUUGAGCAUUGAAAUCCUAUUUAUAAUUUUAAUCCAUAUUUCUGGUGGUUCUGGUUUCAUUCAUUCAUUCAUUGUAGAGAUGGGGUCUCAUUCUUGUUGCCCAGGCUGUGGAGUACAGUGCAAUGACGUGAUCAGGGCUCACUGCAACCUCAACCUCCAGGGCUCAAGCGAUCCUCCUGCCUCAGCCUCCGGAGUAGCUAGGACUACAGAUGCAUGCCAUGCCUGGCUAAUUUUUAAAAAUAUUUUAGAGACAGGGUCUUGCUACAUUGCCCUAGUUGGUCUUGAACUCCUGGCCCCAAGUGAUCCUCCUCUCUCGGCCUCCUGAGUCAGUGGGAUUACAGGCAUGAGUCACUGCACCCAGCCCUAUUUCUGGUAGUUUUACAUAGGAUCCUAAUUGUAAGCAGAAAAUACCUAGAGAUUAGUCCUUUGCUAAUGUGAAAUGUGCACUUGGUACAUGAUAGGUGUAAGGAUACCAGUAAUGAUAGCUGUUGUUGUUGUUGUUGUUGUUGUUGUUGUUGUUGUUGUUAAACUACAGAGGCUGGGCGCAGUGGCUCACGCCUGUAAUCCCAGCACCUUGGGAGGCUGAAGCAGGCGGAUCACCUGAGGUGUCGGGAGUUUGAGACCAGUCUGGGCAACAUGGUGAAACACCGUCUCUACUAAAAAUACAAAAAUUAGCCAUGCGUGGUGGCAGGUGCCUGUAAUCCCAGCUAUUUGGGAGGCUGAGGCAGGAUAAUCGCUUGAACACAGGGGGCGGAGGUUGCAGUGAGCCAAGAUGCGCCAUUGCACUCCAGGCUGGGUGACAAGAGCGAGACUCCAUCUCAAAAAAGAAAAAAAGAAAUUACAGAGAGAUCUCAUCCAUCUUCCUCUUUGUUUAGCUGAAAUGUGCAGGCGCAGAGAGAUGACGUGACUUGCCCACAAUCACACUAUUAUUCCUGACAAAGUCAUUAAUAGAAUCCUAAGUCACAUGUAGUACUCCUGUACUAUCUCAGAGUUAAACAGCCUGCUUGAGGCCUCUGUGGACUAGAAAAGAUGUGCUGACCGCUUCAGCGGCCUGUAGAUGAGCCCCAGUACUUGGAGCUGUCUGGAAACUACAUGAACCGUCAAAGACUGGAAAGUGGAGACACCCAGGGUUGCUCACCUGGAUGCGUGUGUCAGAUUCCAUUCCUGAGUUCUUAAACACACCCUCUGUUCUCAACCUCCCUCUCCCACCCGCUCCCCACUAGAACUGGCCUUACAACCUUUUUUUCUAGAAAAGGAGACAAACCUUGAGACUUUUAUAUGGUCACUCUUAAAGACAGGGUGUGAGUGUCUGUGUAAUUGGUGACUAUUAAGGAAAGAAAAGCAAGCCAUAGCGAGCGCAGAGCCCCGGAAAAUGUUUUCUGUGUAACAGCUUCUAUGCCGCACAGUGUGGAAGGCAAUUAUCUUGGAGGGGAUUCCACAGCCCUGUGCCGGCUUCCCCGGUGUAAGAUUUAUUGUCGGCUGGAUUGGGUGUUCUUUAUAAGAGCAUUUACUCGGCAUCUAAAGCGCUGUCAAGAGUGCUACUUCCUGAAUGCUUUUGAGGUUGCAACUGCUAAGCUUCAUUUUCCCGUCUUGGAGAUAUAUUUUUGAAAUGGUAUGCAGGGAUUUGUACAGGCCUUGUGCUUCCCAUUGACACUGACAGGAGUUGCACUGUUAAACCCCAGCACGCUGCUGCAGAAAUUUACCCCCUAAUGCCCAGAGCCCUCCUUCAGCUGGGAGUCUGGCCCACACGUGCGCGGAGGGUUCCCGUAGCAGGGGAGAGGGCCCGAGAGUGCCCUUGUUUUGUGUAAAUCCUACCAGCUAAUCAGUCUCAAAGUUGACUGUUUUCUUACUGAAACAAAGGAUAAGCAAGUACUCUUCUUUUGCUUUUUCUCUUCCGUUUUUUGGAUCUUAGGAAUGCCAGAAGAAAACUCGAACUGCGAGUCAGCCAAAUAUACUGUAUCGUGAAACCUUAGGGACCACUGAAAUGGGAACAGUGGCCCAUUACUGCUAAGAAGGUGUUUUAUUGAAAAUGCGCCGACAUGCUCUCCCCGGAGAGUGAGCAAAAGAAGGCAAGAUGCCCAACAGUAAUACAGGUUGUUCUCUUAGGCGAGCUAAAAUAUCGAGUUUGGCACUCCCCUGCUGUGAGCGAGGAGGCAAUAGAAUAGACGAAUGUGCAUUUUUACAUUAAAAGUGCCAUAUUUCACUAGGGGUGUCCCCCUUUCUCCCCCCAUUUUGUUUAAAUGUCUUAAUUUAUAUAUUCCAGUUAAUAGUUCAUUUCAUGUCCUUUGUCUGUCUGGCUUUAAAAGUUGUCUUUUGAAUAAGUUGAAGUAGUCAAAAUUUCCUAAUCCUGGCAGGCUUGCCAGCAGAGGGCAGGCGUAAAGAAGGUUUUGACAUGAGGGUGUGUCAACCUAGGGUCAGAGGAGGGUGGUGUGUUGCAUGGGAGGAAGAUGUGUGAGCAUUGUUCUGAGGGCAGGAUGGGACACGCUCCCUUUGCCUCUUUGCAGGCCUGCUGCACACCACAGAUCUCUGGAAAAGCUGACUGUACUAAAUAAAGGUGGUCAGUUGCCUUUAUCUGAUAUUCAGCGAUUUCUACAUAAUUAAACGUUAAAAAAAAUUAAAAUGUAAUUUCAUUCCCCAAGAGCCAUCUUUUCUUUCCCCUUCAGUGCCCCAUUUCUGGUUAUGCUUAAAAAUCGAGGGUUUGCCUGUGGGUGGGCCAAAAAUACUGUCACUCUUCGGGAGGGAAAUAACAAAUUACACUUGGUGGUGGUGGUGGCAGUGAUGUUUUCCCCCCGAUAUCUGAAGGGUACAGCACUUUGGGACAUGCUCUACUGCCCCAAAACAUGUACCUUUUCAAGAACUUUUGCACACUUCAGUGUAAUCUGUUCUAACCCCAUGGCAUAAGCAGUCCAUUAACAAAUUUUACAUUAUGUUAAAACAGGGGAUUAUAGUUUUAUCAUAAAUGAGAGAGGGUAAUUUAUUACUGUCAAAUGCAGAGUUAGGAAAGGAUGUUGUCAUUUUUCUUUUCUGUCAUGAUUUUGUUUACCUCUGAUGCUUAUGAAUGCUUUUAGAGUAAGGGAUUUGUUUUUAGGUUGAUGUUUUCCAUAGCUCAUCAUACUUAUAAGUCACCUGAAUGUUGACAUGUCACACUGUGUAUAUACAAAUUAACCAGAAGCAAUGGCAUUAUAAAAUGUUGCAUUACAUGAAAAUGCAAAUGGCAAUUUGGAAGAUGCAUUAAGGGGAAUUUAAACUCCUAUGGAACAGUGAGAACUCAGCAUUUUCCCUUGGCCAAACUUGCAGGCACAGAAGAAAAAGAACAUAAUUAGCUUCAUUGUCAACAUACGCGUAACAGUGACAUAAACAAUAUCAAUAUGGAGCUAACUGCCUUAGCUCCCUGUAGAUGGAUGAUGUAUUAAUUUAUAUUUUUAAGUCAAAGCACUGCUUAAAUCAAGACAGAAUGGUAGUUCCUUGGAGACAGAUCCCCAGAUCUCAGGAAUGGGACAUUGCUGUUGCAAUUUAGUAACUCUAAUUGGCUGCCCCAUUGCCAUUCUUUGGAGAAAUACUUAAAGCAGUCCUCAUUCUGGGGAGGCGCGCUUCCCUGAGUAGGCCAUCAGGCAUGUUACUGGGCUUACAUUUUGUAUUCCUGUUGCUUUAGCUUUUUCUCUCCAGCAAUGGAAUCAGUUGGUUGAAUCUCUUUAAGUUCUGUCAUUUCAGAAUAUGUCCUGGAUACUCCAUUAAAUUAAUUGGAAAGGGGAAAGAAAAUGUGUGUUGUGUUAACACAAGUGUUGUUCAGAAGAAGACAGCAAACUUGAAUUAAGGUUUUGGCCUCUGAUCACACAGUUGAUUUUUCACCCCAUGCUCGUAUCCUUUCUCUAGUUAUUUCCAAGCAGCUUCUGGCAAAGCAGGCCUUUCCUUGGAACUGAGGACCACGUGGGCCAGGGACCAUUGCUGUAUCUGCCUCACCACAGGGCCAUUCAUCAGUGUAUGGAAUGAUGUCCUGAGGAGACGCUCCUCCUGACUCUUUCUUUAAUACAUCUUAUCUCCAUUCUCAGCUCUGAAUGGGCAGUAAAACCUUUCACUUUCUUCUGUGUUCAAGGCUAAGGCUCAGCAGAACCAAAUAUAAUACAUGAUUUUAGUCCCAGGUGUGUUAUUUGGUGGUUAGAGUUUGGUGUGGGAUCAUAGUAAUCUGUUCUUAAGUGCACAGCCAGCUGCACAAUGGACUCAUUUAGCAACUGACAGGUUUCUUAAUAUGUGGUGUUUGAACAAGAGCUGUAUCUGUUGUGGGUGUUAGGAUGUGGGCAUCAAAAAUAUUUUUAAAGUAUGGUAUUUAGCAUUUCCUUUACUCUUCCUUAAACGUUGGCUUACCCCUCAAUAUCCCCUCCCCCCCACCACAGGUAUUCAUUUUAUAUUAUUAUGGCUUCUCUUUUUCUAUAAUUAUCCAGUAUCUGCUUCCUCUUGGAAGCCUGUAGUAUGUUUUAUUUUUUUAUUUAAUUUUUUAUUUUUUAAGACAGUUUCUUGCUCUGUUGCCUAGGCUGGAGUGCAGUGGUGCGAUCACAGCUUGCUGCAGCCUUGAACUUCUGGUCUCCAAGUGAUCCUGCCACCUCAGUCUCCCAAGUUGUUGGGACUAUAGGCAUGCACCAUCACACGUGGCUAAUUGUGUGUGUGUGUGUGUGUGUGUGUGUGUGUGUGUGUGUAUUUUUGGAGACGGAGUCCCACUGUUUUGCCCAGGGUGGUCUCAAACCUCAAAGCAGUCUUCCUGCCUUGGCCUCCCAAAGUGCUGGGAUUAUGAGUAUGAGCCACUGCACCUGGCCAUGUUUAAUUCUUGGGAGAAAUCACUUUGCUUUUCUAAGCCUCAGUUUCCUCCUCUGUACAAUGAGGGCUGGAAUUUGUGUUCAGAUUAUGACAACUGCAUGAGACUGUUAAAACACCCACAAUCCAAAAUUUUUUUGUUGGCCUUUCUUAUUCAGCUUUUCUAAAAUGACCUGGUGCUCACAGUGAUUAAUAAAUGGUUUUAACGAAGUCUUCUGAGUUACUAUUGGUUUUAACAUUUUAUAUUAUAUUCCACUUAUGGAAGUUCCAGUUCUUCCUGAAUCCCAAACACAGGGCAAGUACACAGGACCACAGGAGUUUAGAAUUAACCAAAGUGGCCUGGGCAUAUGUAGUUUAUCCAGGUUUAUCACUGAUGGGACAUUUCCUUGCCCAGAAGUAGUCUCUGAGUCACCGUAUCAUCUGUCUGUCUGGAGACAGGGCGAGAUGGGCUCCAGGUGGCUUCUAAGUUAGUAUGCCAAGCCAUUUCCCUCUCUCUUUUGUCACCUCCCCCUUACCCAAACCAUCAGCCUUUAAAUGCCACCUCCCCAGUGGGCCUUCCCAGACCCCUCCUCCUAGUGAUCUCCUCCUUCUUUGUGGUCCCAUGGUGCUUACAGCCACCACUGUGCAAUUUAGUACUUGAGUAAGCACUGCAUUGCAUCACUCUCUAAUUAUUUUGUUUAAGGCUUGUCUCCACAGCUGGGUCAUGAGCGUCUGUAAUGUUUUUUGUUUGCUUGUUUAUUGUUUGUUUUGAUGCACCUGGAGACUAUUAGCUGAUAAACACUGACCUGCAAAGGAGUUAGUCCACCUUCUAAGAGCAUGCAUGAGUUUUAUGGAUGCCUCAUGAAGAACUUAGUUUCUAAAAUAAAAACACAUUGCAUAUUCAAAGUACAUCCCAGUUUUUGUUUAUAAACAUUAAAACUCAAUUUUAAUACUUUGGGAAAAAGAAAGUCACUUAGGCGUUUUGAAAUGAUUCUUUCCACUUUCUCCCUGUACAUUGGUUGGAGAGCACUUCCUUUAUUUUUAUUUCCUGCCGUUGGGGCUCUCUGCCAGCCCCUCCGGAAAGAGCACCUUUUCUCUUUAAGAGUCAGAACUCUACUGAUAGUCGGGGGACUUUCUGGCAGAUUUAAGGCCCUUCUACCCCGCAGAAGAGCCCUUGGUUCUCUGUUGAAUAUUCAUGAGAGGGUGGGGUCACAUUUUGUGACCUGAAAAAAUCCCAUUAAUAAAUUUGGUAUCUGACACAAAAACACUUUAGGGUGAAGAGCGAUCUGCGCUGUGCCCAUUUAACAUCUGAUCAUACGUUGAUGGUCACUUCGCGCUUGUCUCUUUUACAGCCAGAGUAAAGAGGGAAUUGUCUGCUCCCCGCUGACCCUGUUGAAAUUCAGGCAUUUGCUUGAUUGGAAAUAUUACCAAUGUUCUUUCUGGUCUGUAGUAACCUGCAUUUAAUACACUUCACAUCAAAAUGUACUUUCAAGUAAAACUCCUGGGAUUACUGGGUCAGAUUUUGUUGCCUUUUUUUUUUUUUUUUUUUUUUUUGAAGGCAAAUAGGUAUUCAUUGAUGUCACACUAUUCCUUUUCCUCUAAUAUUUUGAGAAAAAGAAUAAAAAUGUGUGUGGGGAUUUUUGUGUGUGUGUGUGUCUUUAAAAAACAUACAGGCCAGGAAGUUUUUCUCCAAGUUUGAAGGUGGUAAAUAGGUGAUUUUUUAGAGUCGCCGAAAUGGACUAGAUUAACCUGACGCUUAAGUCGUGUCAGUUGAACCAACAAAGUUUAGCACAUUGUUGACUUUUUUAAAAAACACUAUACUCAGCUUUCAAUAGCCUGAAAGAGCAGUGACUAUUUCUAAUAGAGAAGGUCAUCCUAAAGUGCUUAUUGAGAGUAGCUUUUGUUGUUGCUAUUGUUGUAUAAAUAAGAAAGGAAUUUAAAGAAUUAUUUCUUAGCAAACGUGUGGCAGAUGCUUUCUUCGGCAGCUGUCGUUCUAGAGGGGAAGUCGCCUGGUUCAGCGACGAGGCACGUUUGGUUGUUAUUUAUUUCCACCCCGCGUCGGCUUAGUUUUCCUCGGUGCGCACUGGCACACUUUGGCGAGACCGACUCUGGGAAAGAAAGGGGUGUGGGGAGGCCAAGGCUCUGUGAAACCCCCGACGUGAAGCGAAAGUUCUCCUCCCAGGGCGGUUUUCGAGGAAAAGCGCUUUUCUGCGCUGCCUGGGAGACCUGCGUACCCUCCCGAAGCCGAACAGUUGCUCGGAGCAGUCGGCUUGGCGCCGCGAGCGCCGGGUGCCCCUCUUCGGCCUCCCGGGUUUCUCGGAAAGGUUCCCGUGUCAGUGGCUAUGAUGACACCUCAAGUUAUCACUCCCCAGCAAAUGCAGCAGAUCCUCCAGCAACAAGUGCUGAGCCCUCAGCAGCUCCAGGUUCUCCUCCAGCAGCAGCAGGCCCUCAUGCUUCAACAGCAGCAGCUUCAAGAGUUUUAUAAAAAACAACAGGAACAGUUGCAGCUUCAACUUUUACAACAACAACAUGCUGGAAAACAGCCUAAAGAGCAACAGCAGGUGGCUACCCAGCAGUUGGCUUUUCAGCAGCAGCUUUUACAGAUGCAGCAGUUACAGCAGCAGCACCUCCUGUCUUUGCAGCGCCAAGGCCUUCUGACAAUUCAGCCCGGGCAGCCUGCCCUUCCCCUUCAACCUCUUGCUCAAGGCAUGAUUCCAACAGAACUGCAGCAGCUCUGGAAAGAAGUGACAAGUGCUCAUACUGCAGAAGAAACCACAGGCAACAAUCACAGCAGUUUGGAUCUGACCACGACAUGUGUCUCCUCCUCUGCACCUUCCAAGACCUCCUUAAUAAUGAACCCACAUGCCUCUACCAAUGGACAGCUCUCAGUCCACACUCCCAAAAGGGAAAGUUUGUCCCAUGAGGAGCACCCCCAUAGCCAUCCUCUCUAUGGACAUGGUGUAUGCAAGUGGCCAGGCUGUGAAGCAGUGUGCGAAGAUUUCCAAUCAUUUCUAAAACAUCUCAACAGUGAGCAUGCGCUGGACGAUAGAAGUACAGCUCAAUGUAGAGUACAAAUGCAGGUUGUACAGCAGUUAGAGCUACAGCUUGCAAAAGACAAAGAGCGCCUGCAAGCCAUGAUGACCCACCUGCAUGUGAAGUCUACAGAACCCAAAGCCGCCCCUCAGCCCUUGAAUCUGGUAUCAAGUGUCACUCUCUCCAAGUCCGCAUCGGAGGCUUCUCCACAGAGCUUACCUCAUACUCCAACGACCCCAACCGCCCCCCUGACUCCCGUCACCCAAGGCCCCUCUGUCAUCACAACCACCAGCAUGCACACGGUGGGACCCAUCCGCAGGCGGUACUCAGACAAAUACAACGUGCCCAUUUCGUCAGAUAUUGCGCAGAACCAAGAAUUUUAUAAGAAUGCAGAAGUUAGACCACCAUUUACAUAUGCAUCUUUAAUUAGGCAGGCCAUUCUCGAAUCUCCAGAAAAGCAGCUAACACUAAAUGAGAUCUAUAACUGGUUCACACGAAUGUUUGCUUACUUCCGACGCAACGCGGCCACGUGGAAGAAUGCAGUGCGUCAUAAUCUUAGUCUUCACAAGUGUUUUGUGCGAGUAGAAAACGUUAAAGGGGCAGUAUGGACAGUGGAUGAAGUAGAAUUCCAAAAACGAAGGCCACAAAAGAUCAGUGGUAACCCUUCCCUUAUAAAAAACAUGCAGAGCAGCCACGCCUACUGCACACCUCUCAAUGCAGCUUUACAGGCUUCAAUGGCUGAGAAUAGUAUACCUCUAUACACUACCGCUUCCAUGGGAAAUCCCACUCUGGGCAACUUAGCCAGCGCAAUACGGGAAGAGCUGAACGGGGCAAUGGAGCAUACCAACAGCAACGAGAGUGACAGCAGUCCAGGCAGAUCUCCUAUGCAAGCCGUGCAUCCUGUACACGUCAAAGAAGAGCCCCUCGAUCCAGAGGAAGCUGAAGGGCCCCUGUCCUUAGUGACAACAGCCAACCACAGUCCAGAUUUUGACCAUGACAGAGAUUACGAAGAUGAACCAGUAAACGAGGACAUGGAGUGACUAUCGGGGCGGGCCAACCCCGAGAAUGAAGAUUGGAAAAAGGAAAAAAAAAAAAAAAAACACGUCAAGUUAGCAGUGAAAUUGUUCUCCAUUUGUUGUACAGUCUGGAGGAUUUUCACUACGUUUUGACAACUCUGAAAUGUGUUAACUCUUAGUGCCAUCAAGAACCCCAUUUGGGAGUAUUUUUGAUUUUUCUACUUUUUGUUGAAAAAAGGAAUUUGUACUCUGUGCAUUGGAUGGACUUGUUUGGUACUUGGGAUUUUCCUCUCUUAACCGUCAACAUCAGUGUUGUAAAUUUGCUAAACUGAUUCACUUUUAGCAGCAGACUUUGAACUGCAGUCCUGCCAACGUUGGACACUGAGGACGCCCGACGGAGCUUGUGCGCCUAAGCUGCAGACCAAGCCUUUGCCCAGAAUUUAAGGAUUCCAAUGGACGACCUAUUUGCACAGUACUGCAUGUUGAUUAUCACUGCCUUUACUCCUUUUUUUUUUUUUUUUUUUUUUUUUGCUUCCAGUUGGGAUGGGGAAGGCCUUUGUGUGUGUAUUGGGGGGAGGGGUUAAAAAAUAAUUAUCCCAAACUUUUUAAUGUAUUGCUUUUUUUUUUUUUUUUUUCCUUCUACUAUACCAUUUUAAGUUCUGACCUCAGGCCUCCAUUUGGGCCGAUGGCCUCUUGGAGGCUUAAAGUUUUCUGUACCUUGUGAUGAAUGUUAAUAGGUGUUUUUAUUAUACAAAGCUGAAUGUCAUUUCUCGUUUGUAGCUUUCUGUCACUCAUUCCAUCUUCCUUCAGACAUCACCACGUUUCUGUAAAGUCAGAAAACAUUCCGUUUUGGUCUUUUUCAAAAAGGUCCCAAAUGCUGCACUCUACACAUGAAGGCCCUCUCACACAGACGUGACGUCCUGCCAGAAAGAGAAUGAAUGACAGAAAAAAAAAAAAGAGAGAGACAAACUCUAGGAACAAUGCCGAUUCAUUCCACGCAGCAGUAUUGGGGGUGGUUCGGGGGAGGGGUGUUUCAGAUUUUCUUUUUUCUUUUUUUUUUUUUUGCAGCAACCAUCAUUAAUAAAUGCCACCACAUUCUACCAGCACAAGGAAACAUAGGCAGCACUGAAAAAAAAAGCUCAUACUAAUUAGACUGACAAUAUGGCCUUGGAAGGCUCUCCCUUGUGGAACCAAGUUGCCAUGGGCCUUGGGUGCUCUGCAAUAACGGGUGUGGGUUGGUUUUGUUUGCAAAAUGGCCAAAAAAAAAAAACCGGCUUCCCUGAGCAGCUGCCCUGAAAGUAGGGGUGGCGGCGGCGGCGGCGCUGAGUUUAUACAUUAGUUCAGACCUACUUGGUGGCAUUAAACUGUUUGAAUGCAAAUUCGAUUUCAGAUUGAACUUGUUAAGGGAGUUAAUGAGGGCUGAGUUCAGCAAAUGCUAAAGUGUUAAUUUCAAAUAUGCAAAUUUGGUACUGCAGUUUGUUAUGCAAUAUUAUAUCACCAACCCAGUAUCACAAAAACUCAUAGAAGAUAUCAUGUAGGCCCUGGGCUUUGGGGGGGGGUCCCAAACAUGGUAUGCAGAAUGUGAUGGUUACAGGUCAGUACAACCUCAGUCCUUAGAACCCCUCCACACUUCAGCUCUGCACCCACUUUCCUGUCAUUUAUUUAUAUAGGACUGUAGUUUUUUUUAGUUCGAGAGCCUUUCGAAGCUUAAUUUAUAUUCUUUGUACCUUUUUUCUAAAAUUACCAAAGAUAUUACACAAAGGUAAAUUAUGUUCUCUGUUUUAUGCUUUAUCUGAUGAAGCCAAAUAUCCUCUUAUUGUUGAUCAAAGGAGGCAAAAGAAUUUAGAGGCAAAUGACAAGCGAUAGGCUAUUGCAACCUGAGAAAGAGAACUGCUCCUUCAUCGUAAAUUUAGAAGACCAAGUAGAUAAUGGAACCAAAGUUGUUACUUUUUUCUAGUAGUUAUUUUUCCUUUUUCUUUUUGUGUACCUCUACAGAGACCAAAACUCAUUCUCUUAAAGAGAUCUUUAUGGGGCUACUGCAGAUAAAAAUAGGACACAAUAUUAAAGGAGCUACAGAAGGAAGGGAGUCCCAUCUCAAAAAAAAAAAAUGAAUGUAUGCCACUGCAAUUAGAGUAUCCAAUAAAGGAGACAGUUUAGAGUCAGGACAGAAAAGCUUCCAUAAUUGAACUAGAUCACAUAAUAGUAUUUCUAGAAAAAGAUAUUUUUAGAUUGUAUGCCACUUUUGUUUAAGAACUGUGCUGUGAUCACUGUAUUAAUUUUGGUUUAUCUUGGCAUAUAUCCUUCAGUUUGUUUUUAUUUUUAAUUUUUCCUUUUUUUCCGAUUAGGCUUUGGUCAGCAUUUUUCAUUUAAAGAAAAGUAACACUCCCAUCCACUCAUAAGCUUGGUACAAAAACUUCUCUGGCAGUUACUUUUGAAGCUUCACUCUGCUUUCUGUAUAAAGGGCAGUCUGUGGUCACGCAAGACUUUAAAAAAAAAAAAAAAAAAAAAAAAAAAAAAAAAAAAAAACUUUUCCAGGCAGCUUCAUGAUGUGCAGGCAGUAGCCAGACAGGGUCAUGGGAAGGGGGCCCUGUGCUUCUAAACUGAGUGGUUGCUGGUUAGUUUGGUAUUCAAAAGAGGAUAAAAAUCUGGUAGAUUAGUUCAUUCUCAGCAUGUGUAGCUAGACAUGAGUAAAGAUAACAGCAUGAGAAACUGUUAGUACGCAUACCUCAGUUCAAACCUUUAGGGAAUGAUUAAAAUUAAAAAAAAAAAAACAUUUCACUCAGUUGCACUUAGUCGUAUGUCUUGCAUGCUUAGUCUAAAGACUGUAGCAAAAAAAAAAAAAAAGAAAAAUUAGAUUUUACAUAUCUUUGCAGGUAUCACAGCCUUGCAGAAGAACCAACUGAAAAAAAAAUUCUCAGGCUUUACAGCAAGCAAACUUCACUAUGAUUUUUACAAUUCUGAUUCUGUAUCCCCUGGGGGUUAUCCCAGUUGCUUCUUUAGGAUGGGGUUUAUUACGUUGUACAUAUAUCCCGAUGUGUCUGUGUGAAUCUUUGUCUUUUUUGGGGGAGGGCAGAGGGCGGUUCUUUUUUUAGAUAUUGUUCCUAAAAAGGAAUAAAUGCAUACACCUGUUUGUCAAAACACCUUUGCUUUUUGUGCAACUGCUUUAUAUUAACGAUACUAAAAAAAAAAUAGCUUUGGAAAAAAAACUACUGUAUGUAACGGAAUUGCAGAAUAUGCUGCACAUGUAUUUUAUUUAGUUAUCCUUGCUUUAAGAAUAUUGGAUGACAUUUCCUGACAUGUGGGAGGGAGAAACUCCCUAACUUUUUUUUUCUGCUUUUAAAUUGUAACAUAGUUGAAGAUUUCUUUUUUCUGUUCUCAUUGA